AUGAGCCUCGAAAUAAUUAACACUGUAGACAAACUGACGCUUUCAGAUCAAAUAGAACAAGAGAAAAUAAGCUUAAAUCUUCUCAGGCAGACAAACUGCAAACUAGAAGAAUCCAUCGACAUUUUAGAGGAUCAGUUGGCUUCAAUUGAAGAUGAAGAUAAUGAAUGGAAGACGAGAUAUUUAAUUCAGAAAGAGAUGAAUGACUACUACAAAAGGGCAUUCUUCUUCUGCGAUCAGCAAAUACCGAAGGCGAAAGCACUUCAACGAACAAUAAACCGUGCUGUUAGGAGGGGCUCAAAAUUAUCUAGCUACAUGGAUCUUGACGAAGAUUCGGUUCAAGAACUUGAGGAUUAUCGUACGUACAUAAUUAAAUUAUGUCGCGAGCUCGAAUCGAGGAUCGAUCAGGAGGGAAAGGCUUAUUACUGGGCUACAGAAAUUCGAAAACGCGCACUCAUUGAAUUAAACUAUACAUAUAUACCAGCACCAGUAAGUAAGCAUCCUGUGGAGAAGAAAGAAGAUGAAAGUGAUAAACUAGUGAGGAAGACACAAAAUCGAACAUUUAAUUCUAAAUAUGGUCUAGGAAGUAAAACAAGUGGAGUGAAGAAACUGCCUCCAAUGCAUUUCUGACCGACAUCGCUGAAAACAUAUAUAAAACUGUGUAUGUUCGAUUAAGUAGAAGAAAUUAAAUAAAUCUUUAGCUUUUUAUUAAAC